GCCGCAGCGCCGUCAAGAACAGCUGCAACCAGCAGCAGGGCACACCGUUUGGGUGCACGUGCUCAAAAUACGCGCCGUGUAAACUCCAUGAUAAGAAGUGAUUAAAGAUCUUUUUAGAAGAAUAUUGUCAAAUUAUGGCGUCGAAAUGUCAUUCUGGCAGAAGUUUUGUCAAUGUCAUGGAAACCCAGAGAAAUAUUGUGAAGAAAAAUGAUAACAUAAACAUAGUGGUGUAAAACGAAAUCAAUCAGCCACCCCGUACAAUGUAUUCUAACAUUUUAUGAAUACUAAAUUGUUAAAGUUCCAAGAUGUGCGAUUGCGCGGAGGAGAAGGCGCGUCGGCAAGCGUUGGAGCGCAAGCGCCUAUUAGAGGAGGGCGACUCGGCGACGUCACGCGGCGGCAGCUCGGGCGGCGCGCCCGGUGUGUCCUGGUUCUCCGUGCUGGGCGGCACGCUAUUGCUCGCGCUGUUCGCUGUGGCCGUCAAGACAGGAGCAGACCCAGAGGGGUGGGCGAAGCCGUUGUACGUCAUGUUGGGACUCCAUGUUGAGGACAAAGGCCCUUGCGGUAUAAGGAUCGACGACAAAAGACGCAAAUGGCCAUUAGAAGACAAGAAGUACGAAUAGCUCCAAACACGAAAAGACCGCGCAGAUUGAAAAGAAAUAACGUUUUAGUAACAUUGUCCCGAAGAAUAAAUAAUAAUCUUACAAAUGU